AUGACCCAGGGACUUGCAGGAUUCUCGAGGUUCUACUCUCACUCAAACCGCUACAGUUUUUAUGGCCGACCUUUGACCAGUCAAGGACCUGUGACGUCUUCUACGCAACAACUUCCUCCUAAUAGUACAAGCACGGCAACCCGUGUAUCUUCUAUACCACCAGGUGUGACGACAACAGCGGCAAGCAGGACUCGUCAACGUCAUUCAACUCUCAUGCCUAUUCAUUCUAGCCAGCAGAUGGCGCCCGCUAGGACUGGCACUAUAAGGUCUCGUCGACAACAGCCAGUCCCGUCUGAUAAUAUCCUUUUUGAAGUCGAGUAUCAGCAGGAGGCUCUGGAAUACAUGCAUGUGCUCGAGAAACAUACGAUGGCCAAUGUUGAGCUCAUGAAUAUGCAGCCAGAGCUGCAUUGGUUCAUGCGCCCUUACCUUGUCGACUUUUUGAUUGAAAUUCACCAGUCGUUCCGCUUACGUCCUGAAACCUUAUACCUCACGAUGAAUCUGGUCGAUCGCUAUGUUUCCAGGCGAAUUGUUUACAAGCGUCAUUAUCAAUUGGUCGGAUGUGCUGCACUGCUAAUUGCGGCCAAAUUCGAAGAUGCUAAGGAUCGCGUUCCAACUGUACAGGAACUGAGCCAGAUGUGCUGCAAUGCGUACGAUCCCAGUGCAUUUACUCAAAUGGAGGGCCAUGUACUCUCUACGCUUGGAUGGCAGCUUGGACACCCCACUGCCGAAUCAUGGCUACGCUACGAGUAUUCGUGCGCACCACCUUCGAGUCCUGCGACCCACAACGUGGCAAGGUUUCUGCUGGAAGUGACUCUGUUUCAUGAAAGCUUUUUGACUUUGCCACCGUCGUCUCUGGCCGCCGGAGCAAUGCUUUUCGCCCGUCACAUCUGCCGGGACUCACGCCCACAGCCACAACCACUGGACGUUUUGGUAACGAAUGUCAUGACUCGAAUUCACAACUUCAUUGCUGAUCAUUUGAAUGAACUCUCUAGUAUCCUGAUCAAGAAGUAUUCUUACUCAUAUUACACUGAGGCCUCUACAGUUGUUUUGGACUGGUUCCGCAAACAUCUUGAGUUGAAGAAAGCUAUGGAGGCGAUAGCUUCACCUAUGCAUGUUGAAGUUUGCUCUAGUGACGACGAGAAUGAAUCAAAUCGUUCAAACGAAUCUGUAACGUCGAUUUUCUCGACGCCUUCUCGCUCAAUUACUCGCGAUGAAGACGACGACGAUAACAGCAUGCCAUUGACGCCUCUCUCACUGCACACAGCCCAGGAUCCGAGCGUGUAUGCUGUCAACAUGAAAAAUCCUGUACAUGUGUCAAGGUUCGCCCCCUCGACUGCCGGCCCAACCGGCCGUCCUGUAUCGACGACAAUCACAACAAACGAGAAGGCAUCAGUUGUCACAGCUUCAUGGAUGUCACUAGCUCAGCUGCGGCCAGUGGCGAAGCAUCCGAAGACUGCAAGAGUAGAAAUGGAAUCCACAAUCCCGGAGAGUUCAACAUAG